UCAUGUCGUUGCUGAAUGUCGCCCACUCUGGUAGAGCGAACAGAAAUCUUUCAUCAACCCAUUCGAUUUUAAACGAGUUUGCGUCGAUGAAGAUCUGACAAGCGAUUCGUCCCAACGAAAUUACAUGUUCGCUGAAUUUAUGCGAUACCUCUCAGAGACUUAAAAGGACAUCAAUUGCUCGUUUUUCCAAUUGCUUUAUUGCCAUCUGGGAGAGCGAAUGGAGAUCAAUCCUGGAUUGAAUCACAUCAACGAACAAGCGAGCAACAAUUCAUCUGUUCAGGCCCCAAAGCCAUGUCUUAGAGGAGAAAGCAAUGAUAAGGGACGAAGGAUUAUUAUCAAUGUUAGCGGCCUGAGGUUUGAAACCUACGAACGCACGCUUUCUCAAUUCCCGGCUACACUUCUCGGUUGUGCAGCGAAAAGAGAAUUCUACUUUGACAUCGAAAACAAUGAAUAUUUUUUCGACAGAAAUCGCUCAUCGUUUGAGGCCAUAUUAUUUUUUUAUCAGUCUAAUGGCAAACUUGUUCGGCCAAGCGGUGUUCCGUUGUAUGUUUUCUCGGAAGAGGUCAGAUUUUUUGAACUUGGUAAGGAACAUCUUCAGCGGUUAGAGAUCGAAGAGGGAUAUAUAACUGAAGAGAAACCAGUAUUGCCCACAAACCAAACUCAAAGGAGAAUAUGGGAAUUAUUCGAAUAUCCGGACAGUUCAAUGCCGGCGCGUUUUUUAGCUAUGUGGUCAGUGUCUGUGAUUUUACUCUCUAUCGUGGUAUUCUGUCUCGAGACUUUACCAAGUAUAAGAUGUGCGACUGAUCCAAGUGGAACUGGUUGUGAAGCAUACGGUGGAACCCCUCAACCCGAGAAAAUGUGGUACACUGUAAUCGAAAUUCUGUGUAUUUCAUGGUUCACCCUUGAGUAUGUUGUCAGGUUAUUGUCUUCACCGCAAAAGUUGGUCUUUAUUCGCACAUUUUUGAAUAUCAUUGACCUUGUUGCGAUUUUACCCUACUACAUUACGCUUCCAAUGAACGAAGCCCGCGUAACCUCGUUGGCUGUGCUACGAGUUAUUCGUCUUGUCCGUGUCUUCCGUAUAUUUAAACUUUCACGUCAUUCAAAAGGCUUACAAGUCCUUGGCUACACGCUGCGGUCAAGCUCAAGAGAACUGGCCAUGCUCAUCUUUUUCCUCUUGAUUGGAGUAGUGCUGUUCGCGAGUGCAGUUUUUUACGCGGAACAAGACAACAAAAAGAGCCAGUUCAGAAGUAUCCCUGAUGCAUUCUGGUGGGCAGUAGUUACCAUGACAACAGUGGGAUACGGAGACAUGACUCCUCUCACUUUGGGAGGUAAAAUAGUUGGUUCUAUCUGCGCUAUAUCAGGAGUGUUGACCAUUGCUCUCCCUGUGCCGGUUAUUGUUUCAAAUUUCAACUACUUCUACAAAAGGGAGGAAUUGAACCAGUCCCUCGAUAUGGCGGAAAACGGCGAGUGUGGUAGAGACCAAAACGAAGAUAUUGACGCCUUCAACGGGCCACUGACCAGCCCAUCUGGACACAUGACACUCAGUUCACCUAAUGCGUUUACAGGAAUGGAGGAAGUUCGAGUAAAAAAUGAGACCCCUGUUUGAUCAUGUGACUACUCGCGCUGGGCCGCUGACCACUGAGCCCAUUUGGGCUCGGCUCAUCGAACGUGUUUGGAUUUGAAGAGGUUUGUGUAUAAACUGAGAUCCACGUUCGAUCAUGUAACUCGAUAACCCGUUCUUUAGAAGGAAGCUUAAACAAGUCUAUAGAAACAUAUGUCGCGUUUUAAUUGCUACCGCCUUUCUCCGUGUCAUCACUUUCCUCACGACUCAACGCGCUCAUAAAUAGAUCACGGUUUAUGUACUCAAAGAUUACAAGAAAAUAGUCAAGACGGUACAUGAUUAAUAGCAUAAAGAAGUCAUUAUUUCUUUCAUGACCUCGCCAAGUGGAUAGGACGAAAUUGUUAAAAAAAAAAGAAUGGGCUUCAUGGGCGAGCUGAGUCAUACGACAAUAACAGCGGUGCAGAUGUUAAAAUUUGAUCAGCUAGGGAUUUAGUGAUGGCAAAGUCUUUGAUCCUUUCAUUAGUCACUUGACGAUGAUCAAGUUAGCUCAGAAGUUUUGAUCUAAAACAGAAGUGCAGUGGACAUGUAUCCAUGCUUGGUUACAUCGAGUCUCACGAUGGAACAAACGACAGGAUUAAUGGGAGUUUUGCCUGAAUAAAUCCAGUGGUUCAGUGAUCCUUGAAAUGUCACGCUGAAAAAGACCAGUAUAGAUUUCUGAGAGCCAAAGAACAUAGACUAUGGAGAGCAAAGGCACAGGAAAGCCAGCAGACUGGAAAACCUACCCAACUUAAACUACGCAUAUUUUGCCUUGCUUGUGCGUUUAUCAGUGCUGCAUUGUCGAGGUACAUAUUCCUUCUCGUCAGUCGCAACGAUAGAUUUCUUGGUUUGGAUACUCAACCAAAGAUCACCGGUCCCGUCGGGCUAAAAGGAAUAACACCAGUCAGCGGUUUCGUUCUUUUAAAGUAGACUAAAAUUUCUUUGCAUAUCUUUUAAGUACUUGCUAACUAUUGCAGUAUUUACAUUAAGCGGGAAGACUUAAAUUAAGUAAAAAAUAUUUAAUGGAAUUUUAAUUGCUUGUUUCGGAAUUACGUUAAGUUUUCCUCUGACGUUCACUGAAUUUGCCGGAAAAAUUGGAUUCAUUCAUGGAUGAUCUUACUUAUUGUUCAUUUUUAUACAUGUUCCAACAUACGUUUUGUUAAUGAAAAGUACGGUGCUUAUUGGAAUGUUUAAUGCUUGGUUCUAAACAGGGCUAAAACAGUCCAAGGAACCUAACAGAUGUCUCGGGUAAUAUGUACAUCGUUUUACUAUUAUAAUAUCAGUGGUUAAACCGCUGCCAAAAAACUAUAAGCUAGCUGUGAAUCUUCUUGCGUCUUGAGGACGCAGAUUUCCCCGGUUUAUUAAGUUCAAAUUUUUAGAUAUUCUCAUCAGAACUGACAAUUUAAAUGGAAAAAGGCUGUGUCUGAUCAAACAUAAAAACCACAUAAAAGCAUAAAGACUACUGUUCAACUUUGAAACACUUCUAAAAUGUGUACAAAUGAACACUAUAAAAAGGUUAGCUAGUAUGGUGUAUAAAUUAAUCAAUUAAUUGUGGUUCUAUAAGGAAACUAACUGAGAAGUAUACUUUGUUCACCACAUAAUUUAUAUCUCGCUAUUGGAAAGUGUGUUUUGAAAUAUACUUUUCAACGCAGUUUGAUAAUCUGAGAAAAAAACCUUUCGAAAAACAAUUAGGGACGUCACCAUUUUGAAACACAACUUGGUAACCUGCCUGCGCAGAUAUGACGCCACGGAGUCUCAUCCAAAUGGCGGGAACCUCAACGCGCUUUCCCGCGAUUCUUUUCAACGAUUUCUACUUGAUUAUUGCCAAAAAUUAAUUAAUAGCAUUUGAAUGAAAAGUAAUUUUCUGUUUUACUUCUUAUUGUUUGAUUUUGAAACUCAGAAAACCUUGAACACUUGGAUUUGAUUCUGACAGGCCAAUCCUGUACUAACCAAUAAUUUUUAACCUCUGGACUUGUUGGGAAAACUCAAAACCACAAGCUGCUUAUUGUGGCUGUUUAAGAUUCAGUUUCCUGACACCCUAUUGGCUUUUUUCCUUUAAAACAAUAAUACGCUAAUAAUAUAUCAGGCCCUCACGGUUUUCUGAGUUUCACAAUAAAUAGAUCGCUAGGGGAUGGAUGCAAAAGAAAUGAGACUGCAUGGAGUAAAGCAAACGGAAUGGAAAAAAGAUCGGCAUACGCGUUUCGAAGGCUAAUCGAUCAGACAAGAAAGGUCUUAAAGAGCUGAAACACUCCCACUUGAUAAUUGCUUCUAUAAAUUUUCAAUGGCAAGUAUCCAAUUAUGUGGCUUCUGGUUAUACUUAUCCUAAAAGCUUUUGUAGUUUCAGAGUAUCUAAUUAGAUUUCAAUAGAUACUAUUUAGUAAGGACCAAGGCCUUGGGACAAAGGUUGCAUUAAAUGUGUACAUAGUUUGAUUGAAACUAAUA